AUGAUAACUACAAAAUCUUCCAAAAAUUCUGAAACUGAAUAUCAGUCUUCAAGUAAUAUUUCUUCUGAAGAUGAUUCUUCAAGUGUAGCUUCUGAUAAUGUUUCUAGUGUUAAACAAAAAGUUAGUGAAGAAAAUUUAAACAGACUUUUAGCUCAAAUAGUUGCUUUAGAAAACAAGAAUAAAGAACUUGAAUUUCAAGCGAAAAAUUACCAAAGUAUGCAAAGCAACACAACUAAUAUUAAAGGUAGUACUUUGGAAAAAAGAGCUAUGAAGAAAAAAGAAACAUAUAGAAAACACAAAUCAUGCAAAAAACUUCAGGAGUCAAGCUUAGAAGAAUCAAGCUCUGUAUGUGAAUCAGAUGAGGGUAAAAAUAAAAAUACUAGGAAUGAUAGACAAUCCGCAAACAUGCCAAUUCCAAAACCAUUAUCAGGCAAAAAACA